AUGGCCUUGUGUGAGGAGGACAAGUAUGUGAAACGGCUGCGAACUGGAGAGGCGCCCGAGAGCGCGCAUAGGAAUCCUUACGAGGUGAUAAAUGCUAUGCUUCGCUCCGCUAACAUCGAUAAGCAACGCAGAGCUGAAGAGGCGGCCAGAAGUGAGAAGCUGCGAGUAGAGCAGUACUGGGCACAACAAAAUCGAUGGCUCCAGCAGAACUUGAGUCGUCCCCGGUAG